UGUCUUUUCUGCCGGACAAGAAUCGGUGACGCACGGAAUUUUCGAACUGCACACAAAUCUAAACGACACAUUUUUAACAAAACAUUCGACUUGAGUUUCGACCGAAUCAUGGGCGAACAACCAGUGAGAGUUCUGGCGUGUGGAGACGUGGAAGGGAAGUUAAAUGCUCUUUUCAAUCGAGUUCAGACCAUCCAGAAGAAGACGGGACAGUUUGACCUGCUGUUGUGCGUUGGAGAGUUUUUCGGGACGUCGCCGGAGGCCGAGGCCGAGUGGCAGCAGUACAGGAGCGGAGCCAAGAAAGUUCCCAUCCACACCUACAUCCUGGGAGCAGCGAGUCAGGAGACAGUGAAGAACUUCCCCGGCGCCGACGGCUGCGAGCUGGCUGAAAACAUCACGUAUCUGGGGCGCCGCGGCGUGUUCACCGGCGUGUCGGGGCUGCAGAUCGCGUACGUCAGCGGCCGCGAGGCCUCGCAGGAGCCGGCGCCAUCUCACUGCUUCACGGCCAAAGAUCUGUCGGCUCUGGUGGAGUCGCUGACCAACAACGCCAAGUUCCGAGGGGUGGAUGUCCUGCUGACGUCGCAGUGGCCCAGGGGGGUGUGGCUCUACGGCAACAACACGGACGUGAACACGAAGUCGUGCGGGAGCGGCUCCAUCGCCAACCUCGCUGACAAGCUGAAGCCGCGAUACCACUUUGCUGCACUGGAGGGCGCUCACUACGAGAGGCUGCCGUACAGGAACCAUGUCGUUCUCCAGGAAAACGCUCAGCACGUCAGCCGCUUCAUCGCCCUGGCAACCGUCAACAACCCCGCCAAGAAGAAGUACUUGUACGCCUUCAACAUCGUCCCCAUGAAGUCCAUGGAUCCCUCAGAGCUGGUGAAGCAGCCGCAGGACGUUACAGAAAACCCUUACAGACGCUCCACCAAAGACAAGACGGACGCCACGAAGACAAGCUUCACCUCCACCGAGGACGAGGAGCCGGUCCGCCAGUUCUUCUUUGACCUGGGUAAUAAUCAAGGCGGCGGCGGCGGCGCCCCCAGAGGCCGCGGCAGGAGACGACAUCCAGACGGAGACGGACCGGGACGAGAGCAGCACAGCAAACAGCCGCGUCGCCACCCGCAGCCCUCUGGACCGUGCUGGUUCUGUUUGGCGAGUCCUCAGGUGGAGAAACAUCUGGUCAUCAGCAUCGGGUCACACUGGUACCUGGCUCUGGCCAAAGGUGGACUGACGUCGCAUCACCUGCUCGUGCUGCCCAUCGGUCACCACCAGUCUGUGGUGGAGCUGAGUUCAGAGGUCGUCGAGGAGAUGGAGAAGUUCAAGUGUGCGGUGAGGAGCUUCUACAAGAGCAGAGGAGAGCGCUGUGUGGUGUUUGAGAGGAACUACCGCAGCCAGCACCUGCAGCUACAGGUCGUCCCGGUGCCACUGAGCCGCUGCACCACAGACGACAUCAAGGAGGCGUUCAUGGUCCAGGCUGAGGAGCAGCAGAUGGAGCUGAUGGAGAUCCCAGAACACACUGACCUCAAACAGAUUGCUCCUCCAGGGACACCGUACUUCUACGUGGAGUUGGACUCCGGGGAAAAACUCUUCUAUCGCAUCAGGAAACAGUUUCCUCUGCAGUUUGGAAGGGAGGUUCUGGCGAGUGAGGCCGUGCUGAACAUCCCGACCCGGGCCGACUGGAAGGAGUGCAAACAGAGCCGCGAGGAGGAGGAGGAGAACUGCAAACUGAUCCGGGACCAGUUUCAGCCGUUCGACUUCGCCUUAGACGAAUAAACACGUGAACGAUCGACGACGCCCAGAACUUUAACCUGGAAAGUCACGCGUGUUGUUGAGGGUCUGAACACACACACACACACACACACACACGUUCCCGUUUUACUCGCAGGCCGGAAUUUCCGUUUUUACGAGGAAAGCGCUUCAGUUAGCGCUGCCCCCGGUGGUGGUUUUUAUGUCGUCGAUUUGUCUAAACACGUCAGUUAUUUUACGUACAAUUAGAAAUCGUUUAGUUUAGAAGCGAGUUUGUUUUUAAGUCUCGUUUAUCGCUAAAGUUGAACUGAAAUUCAAAGUAAAUAGAAAAGUUUGUUUUCUGCGAGCAGGAAGAUGAACCUUUUUUUUUUCCCCCCUUUUUUGUAAAUUCCUUCACAAUAAAAGCUCUGCUCUGGAUUUUUGACCCAAACAAACUUUUCUAUGAACUUGUGCUCUUGUUUUUUAAAAAUGUGUUUGUUUUGUCAAUGAACUACGAUUAUUAAACUCUUAUUUUGUU